CACCCAUUGAGACCAAAGUAAAGGUAUUUCUUGUUCUAUCAAAAUUAAAACGGAAUUUAGGACAAAGAGGAUUUCAUGGCGAUUAAUUAUGCUAUUUUUGCGAAAUCACAUGUUUUUUUUUAUAAUGACUAUUUCGUCAUCAUGAACUGUCUAAUAAUAAAGUAACACAUUUGAACGAAAAAGAUAGCCAAAGACUUCAUUUUCAAUAAUUAUUUCAUACAGGCUUUGGAUGUCAUUAGAAUUAUUCCUAAAAAACUCAUGUUCUUUGCAUUCAGACACUGUCAACAUCACGCUCCUAGGAGAGAUUGAUCACACAAACAGAGGUGACCUGACUGAUGGCUUGAACAGACUCAUCACCGAACUUGGGGAAAUUCCAGGAAAAGUGGAUGUCAAGUUUACCGCAAAUACACAGACAGAUUGCAAUUAUACUACAACGUACGUACAACUCUAUUCAUCUUUGGAGAACGGCACCCUUCUGGACAGUGCUUCAGUAAAUAUGAUCUUCGAAUCCAACAGUGAUGAAGUCCUCAAUGAAUAUCUGCCUCUUCCGUUGUACCCUCCCCGACAAGAAGAGAAGUCGACGGUGAAGAGACCACAUGACAGUUGGGACACCGACCAGUAUGUGCUGGUCGUUCUACUCCCUUUAGGACUUGUCCUAAUGAUUGUACUCCCUCUGAUGGCUUUUGGCAUCUUGAAAAGAAAAUCAGACACGUCACAAUGCAUAGACGACGAAAACGAUCAAAUCAACUCAUUUGGGAUGGAUUUGCCACGCAACAGGAACCCAAACAGACCUGGUACAAUUACAGGAAGUCUUCAGGGUGCAAGUGUAUCUCCAGAUGGUAAUCCAUGUCUUCACUUCCAUGACGUAGAUGAAGGGGCACUCGACACACACUGUGAUGACACAUCAAACAUCCACGGAGCAACUGGAGAUAUGACCCUUGUCCCGUGGAGCCAAGAGGCUGCAAGCGUUUCUCUAGAUGACAACGCACGUCAUGGUGACAUAACACCACUCGAUAUUCACCGCCAUGCCACAAUAAAUAUCCACAACGGAACUGGAGAUAUGACCCUUGACCUGUCGAGUCUACAUGGUGCAAGCGUUUCGGAAUCUGUCAACACGCAUCUUCAUGACGAAGCGACAUUCGAAGCUCGCCAUCAUGUCGCUGCACAUCUGCCUGUUGAUGUGCUCCAUCUGCGUCAGACCAUCAACUAUGAACAGCUCGAUCAUUGUGAGGAAGAGGAUACAGACAGCACUGUCACGGAUGACACCGAUGUUGAGAACAUCUCAGAGGAAGACCCUUAUGUCGAUGUUGUUGUUUUAAGCACAUAAUUUUGGUUACCCCGGACGAAGUAUUGUCAACUAAUAAGAAUAACGAAAGGACAUGUGUAUCGUUAUCACCUGGUGUCAGUGGGUUUUUAGUGAUCCAUUCAUAUAUUUUUUCGCCAGUAAUUUGGUCAUACGCCCAAUUUCUGUUAUGCUAGACUAGUUUUUCUCUCUGAGGUUGACGUUUUAUGUAUAUUUGACACACUUCACUUUGCUAAAUCAGCUCUUAGCGUUAAUUAUAGUUAACAUGAACACUGUGUUUGAUGCCAUUCUGAUCUAAUAUACUAUAGAUAAUGUAAGACAUUAAAAGCAUCUCUGCCAUGAGACUGAUGGCAGACCGGAAUGCCAACACCGCACUGUCAUCGCAACUAUCCGAGUGUGUCAGAAUCGGUUGAUAGCUCAGUGGUUGAAUCAUUGACUUGCACGGCGGCUGACCGGGUUCUAAUCCCAUGAUGAGCACACAAUAUGUAGAAUCUGUUUGCGUGUGAUGUAAUGAAUGUGGGACACGAAAACAUAAACGCAAACCUGGGCCGGUAGGGGUAGUCUGUUGUGAAAGGGCCAGCUCGUCACGCCAAAGGCCUGUG